GCUGUCCAAGAGCAGGGAGCUGCCCACGAGUCCUUUACCCCGCGUCCCGCGCCUCCAGUGCCCGGCCCCGGCGCCCUCCCCGCCGCGCGCGCCCCAAGCCCUGACUCUGUGUGACCUAAAGCUUGUCUGUGCCCGUCCCUGGGUCUCGGUGAAGGUUCUGAAAAUGAGGAAACCGAGACCCAGCGAGGUUAAGUGACUGGGCCAAGGUCACAGCUAGUACGUGAUGGAGCCAGGACCGAAACCCAGUCUAGGAGCCAUGUCCACUUUAUUCCCCAACCUCUUUCCCCGUGUGACUGAGACCCUGUGGUUUAAUCUGGACCGACCCUGUGUGGAGGAGACAGAGCUGCAGCAGCAGGAACAGCAGCACCAGGCCUGGCUCCAAAGCAUCGCUGAGAAAGACAACAAUCUGGUUCCUAUCGGCAAGCCAGCCUCCGAGCACUAUGAUGACGAGGAAGAAGAAGAUGAUGAAGAUGAUGAGGACAGUGAAGAGGACUCCGAGGAUGACGAGGACAUGCAGGACAUGGACGAGAUGAAUGACUACAAUGAGUCACCUGAUGAUGGCGAGGUCAACGAGACUCCUCUCCAGGUGGACAUGGAAGGCAACGAACAGGAUCAGGACCAGUGGAUGAUCUAGGUAGACGAGGCAGGGUGGCCUCAGGGCGAUUCCAGGCCAACCCAACGUACCUUGCACCCCCUCUGCCCUAUCCCCAAGCCCACAGCCUGCAGACCCAGCUGUCGGGCCCGUGGUCGGAAGGCUCAGCCUGGGAGCCCCACUCAGCUGCUUCCAGGACCUGGAUCCUUGGCCUCUCCCGGCAUGCAUCUGCUCUUGAACUCCCAGGGCCUGAGCCAGCCCUGCCUUCUUGGCCAGUACUUUACCCUUUGGCUACCAGGUCUGAGUUCCAUCCAACCCUCUUCAAUAAAGACACAGGACUGAG